CAUUUCAGAUAAUACUUACAGCACUUUUAAAAAGCCAGUGUUCCAUCUAUUUCCGUAUAACACAAAGGCUGCAAAAGACAUCAUGAAAUGUUAUUCUUAGUGUUUUUUAUUACUGCUUUUGUGGCAGUAAUAAGUGACGACUUAGUAGGAGUGUCUUAUUCUUUUGACGAACACUAUUUAGAUGUUUUUAGUGACAGACAAUGUGUGAAUACAACUCGAUGGAGUUUAGUGACUUAUGAAUAUUUGAAGCUAGUGCCGCCAUACGAAGCAAGAUCUAAAGCAAUUCGUGCUCUAAGAAAUAGCUGCACUGCAACAUUUCCUAUUUCAUUCCUUGAAGGAACCCUAGAAGUUACCGUUUACCUUAGAACAAUAUCGCAAUACAGUGGAAUAACUGUGUCUGUGUUUGAUGAUCGAGACGAAGUUAUAACGUCGGUCAGGUAUCAACGGUCGAACAAGAAAUUUGUGCCAGGUUGGGUCGACGUUGUGGUGCCUAUCAAAGAGCAUACAAUAGGCUAUGUGCAAAUAUCUGGAAAAAGCCUUACCAGUGAAUUAGUAAUCGUCGACUCCCUGCGAUACAUGCCUGGUAACUUAACAUAUUCUCAAAGCGACAUAAAGGAUCAAAGAGUCACAAGUGACCUAUUAAGAAAUACACCAUAUACAAAUAUGCAAGAGUUAAGUAGUCCUGAUGAAUUCAUUUUCGCUUUUGAAGAAAUAGAUACAGACGGUGAUACAGACGACAUAGAUGGGUCAGGAGACCCGCCUGGUACUGAGGAUAAUACUGAAGGUACAGAAGUAGGCACCGAAGAUCCAGGUAUAGAUACCGGCACUGAAGAACCAGAGGACCUGGAAAAUUCAGAAGAUAGUAAUUUCUGGAAUGCUUUUACUAUUACAUUUGUGUCAGUAGGUGCAUUUACAGUAGUAGGGGUGAUAGGAGUUGGCGCGUAUUACUUAGGGAAGAGCAAGGGUGUUAGCCACAACUUUCCACUAGAUUUAGAAACCCAGGAAGCUCCCAGUAUUAUUCCUCGAGCGAGAAGCGUUUUCUCAGAUGUGCCGUAUGAUAGAUAA